AUGGCACCCCCAACCUUCGAGUUUGACUUUCAAACGACGGGUGGAAACUUCACCGGAAAGGUUGCUUUCAGCGCAGGGCUGUUCAUCAACAAUGAGUUUGUGGAAUCUGUUGAAGGUUCGACUGUCGAGCUCGUAAACCCGACGGACGGGAAGCCUCUUGGUCAUGUCAGUGCAGCCACUGACAAGGACAUCGACAUUGCCGUGAAGGCGGCUCGAGAAGCGUUUGAACAGAGAUGGGGAACCAAGGUCCCACCCCCCGAGCGUGCUCGAUUGAUACACCGUCUUGCCGAUUUGGUGGAACAACAUGCUGAUGAGCUUGCUGCCCUGGAAAGUCUGAAUAAUGGAAAGACUGUUUUCGUGUCACGAUUUGUAGAUGUUCAAGGCUUCGUGAACACGUUGAGAUACUAUGCCGGGUGGGCGGACAAAAUCCAUGGGAAGACCAUUGAAGUGAAUGACGCCAAGUUUGCAUAUACACGCCAUGAGCCCAUUGGAGUCGUCGGUCAGAUUAUUCCCUGGUCAGUGCUCGGCAUGUUCGCUUGGAAGAUUCCCCCUGCACUUGCCACCGGGAACACUAUCGUCAUCAAGCCGUCCGAGUGGACGCCACUCACGGCCAUCCGUGUUGCGGCUCUUGCGAAGGAGGCCGGAUUCCCCAAGGGCGUUCUAAACGUUGUUACAGGACUUGGAAGUGUUGCGGGCGCUGCCAUAUCGAGCCAUAUGGACAUUGAUAAGGUUGCUUUCACUGGAAGCACGCUCGUGGGAAGGCAUAUCCUCAAAUCGGCGGCUGCUUCGAACUUGAAGAAGGUCACCCUAGAACUGGGCGGGAAAUCUCCGUCUAUCAUUUUUGAUGACGCCGACUUGGACAAGGCCGUCAGCUGGGCCGCCUUUGGUAUUGUAUUCAACCACGGCCAAACUUGCAGCGCUGGCUCGCGUGUCUAUGUGCAUGAGAAGAUAUAUGAUGAGUUCUUGCUGAAGUUUACGGAGAAGCUGAAGAGCCUGAAAGUUGGGAACCCAUUCGCUCCAGACACUUUCCAAGGCCCCCAAGCAUCCGAAACGCAAUUCAAGCGUAUAAUGGGUUAUAUCGAGAGUGGCAAGAAAGAUGGUGCCACACUCCACCUUGGUGGAAGUCAGCAUGGUACGGAAGGCUUUUUCAUCGAGCCUACCAUUUUCACGGACGUGAAGCCGGAUAUGAAAAUUAUGAGGGAAGAGAUAUUUGGCCCAGUUGUUGUCGUUGCCAAGUUCUCAAAUGAUGAGGAAGCUGUGCGUCUGGCGAACGACACGUUGUACGGGUUAGCAGCAGGCAUCUUCACGAAAGAUAUAUCCCGUGCCAUCGACGUUUCGAACAAGCUUAAGUCUGGAACCGUAUGGAUAAACGAGUUCAACAAAGUCGAAGUGACCUUACCAUUUGGCGGGUACAAACAGAGCGGAAUUGGCCGAGAACUCGGUGAAUAUGCACUCCAGAAUUACACUGAAGUGAAGGCCGUGCACAUCAAUCUUUCAGCUACGCCGCCGAUCUAA